AUGGUCAAGCUGAUUUCGAGAAAGAUCGACCAGCUGGCGGAGGGAGCAAGUGUGGGAGGGGGUGCCGACCACGAGGGAGGAGGCGAGAAGACGGGACGCGUCGUGAUGGAGUACAGCGUCGAGGAGGAGGAGGAGGAGAUCGAGGAGGAUACAUCGAGGCAGGCUCAGCACGGGGCGAGCGGCCCGGGCGGCGAUGCGAACCAGGACGAGGACUCGAGCUCGGAAUCGAGCCCCGGCUCGAGCUCGAGCGAUGAGUCGGUCGAGGACGACGGCGAGGGCGCCGGACAUCGAACGGAGCGUAUGGGGGAGCACGGAGUGGCGCUCGGGGAGCGGGUGGACGAGCGAGUAGAGCUUAUCGAGCAGCAGGCGACAGGGGAAACAAAGACUGUCGAGGAGCAGGAGGGCGGAGCGGCUGCGCAGGAGGGUGGGGUCGGAGGGCAGCAGCAGGUGGUGGGCGAGGUGGCUGCGCAGGAGGGCGGGGCAGGAGGGCAGCAGCAGGAGGGUGUGGCGGCUGCGCAGGUGGGUGGGGCAGGAGUGCAGCAGCAAGAGUUUAGGGUUGCGGCUGCGCGGGUGAGUGGGUCGGGAGGGCAGGAGCAGGAGGUCGGGGAGGCUAUUGAGGAGAACCUGUUGGAAGGGGCGCGGGCGAAGAUCGACGAGAUGAGCGGGAAGAUCAUCGAGGGGGUGGUAGCCGCCAUCACAAAAGCGAGCGAGGACGCCGUCGAGAAGCAGCUCAAGCAGGUCGAGGAGCGGCUGGUUGCUGCGGUGCUGAAGGGUUUCGAGAAAGCCAUCAUGGAGGACAUGUUUUGCUCCACUCUCCCACCCGAGACCAUGAAGGAGUUGAAGGACAUUGUGAGGGAAGGAUACCAAGAAGCCGAAGCAGGGAGGUUGGAAGUCCUCACCGAAGCGAUGGCGAGAGGUUUUCAGCGCUCGGCGGGCCUGUCGACGAGGUCGCGUCAGGAGGGUGUGGGAGGGGUUCGCAGCGGGGCUGAGCCUCGAGGUCACGAGCGGUCGGUUCCUCCGUCUUCUUCGGUGGGAGGACAUGUCGGCAGCCCGGUUGGAUCCCCACCGGCGCGUGGCCGUCAUCCCGUCGCCAAGCCCGUCCCCGAAGUCAUCGUACUCGACCAGUCAGCCCUCCCGAAGACCUCCGUAGCGGCUCCGAUCGAUCAACCUGAUGCGUUUGCUUCGAUGCGGGACAUGCUGCAAGACCUGGGGAAAACGGGUGGGAAAGGAGUGGUCGCGGGGGAGAAAAGUGGUGCCCCGAACGAGCACGUCGCCUCGACCGGGAACAGAGCCCUAGGAAUGCGAGGUGCCUCUACCCCGUCAGGCGGCGGUGCAGGGAAAGGAGCGGGAGAAGCAAGCGUUGGGUUGCUGUCGAAGCCUAAAGCGGCAUCAGCUGCGCACGGCGGUGGUGCUGGCCAUGCUGCCGGGCUUGUGGGAAAUUGGGCGUCUUCCUCAACCCCUCCAGUUGCUCCUUUCGCCGCUGCUCCGUCCCUAGGCAACAUUUGCCUUAGCGAUCCGGGCUCCCCUUCAAAGUCGAAGAAGAAGCCGGCUGCGACGAAGUCGUCGAAGCGCGCUGCACACGCGACAGAGAGCCUUGACGUGGUGGAGCUGUCCAGCGUCCCUGGUCAGGCGCCUGUCGAGAAGACCUCUAUUGUCGUUGCUGCUCGACAGGAAAAGGCGAAGAAGGCCAGGGUCACGGGUCACACCCCACCUCCUCGACCGGACGACCAAGGCAAGACGAGAGGCUGCAAACGUCCCUUCAAAGGACCGAGUUUCGGGUUGCGGAAGGGGAAGCUGGUUUCCGAGCAGACCGUCGGCGGGAGGAAGCGGUUCCUUGGCACAUUUCAAACAGAGAAGGACCAGAAGUUCUGUACGGCCGUCUGCUGGCGCGUGUACUUCCCCGACGUUGUCCUUACGGAGUACGAAGGGUACACGGCGCAGGAUGAGGAGGACUGGAAGGUCUACCUUGAUGCGGCCGCAGAAAUGCCAACCGGCGUUUGGAGCGUGGCGCAAGAACAAGGGGAAUGCCGUUUUGACGAUUACCUGUCGCUGUUGGCGACGACAAAAAAGGAAGCGAAAGCUGGAACCGAGAGGGGAAUCGCGCUGUGCGUGGCGAUUGGUAAGGUCGCGACGCUUGGCCUGAAGCACGGGAAUCUGAUUUACCCGGUCCCGAAGGGCAUGGCGGCGACACCGCACAUGAUGGCCAUCGCAGCAACUGUGGCGAGCUUGUGGGCGGCCUGCAGGAAGUUGUCGAGGGAGGAUAUUAAGAAGGACGCCCUAGCUGCCGCAAACGGGGCGAUCUACGCCCCGGAGACUGCAAAGAAGGCUUGUGUGGCUGCCAUGUCCGCACUCGUGUCCAUACUUUUGCACGUCGGCAAGACGUUCCCUGCGAAGCAGUGGCCCGAUCACCUGUAUUCGUCGGCUGUCGAAGGUCUCGGCUCGACGGACGCCAUAUUGCUGCAGAUGCUGCGCGUGGCAGCACAGGUCUGUACGCAAUGGUGCUGCUGUCGAGCUGCUGCCCGCUUGCUGGAGGACGCGGGCUAUGGCAGCCUGGCUAUGCCAGAAGAAAAGAGCAAGGCGAAGCAGGGCGUCGAGGAUGCAGCUGAGACGGAAACUAGCGGGCAAGGGGAGUAG